AUAAUGUGCAAUGAUAGUUUUGGAUAUGUUUUCAUAUUUUAUGUGCUCGAGUUUUUGUUUUUGGGGAGAUAUUUGUUGAAAAUUAAGUCUUGGUGUCAAAAUUUCUAUCAGCACGAUAUUUGCAGUCAGUUUUUUUCGAAUUUCUUAACUUCCAGUCGCCAUUAUUUUGUGAAGCCUAACUACCAUAAGUUGAAAUACGAUCACAUUGGAGACCUAUUUCGAUUAAGAAUUUGGCCUGUGGUAAAAAGAACGAAGGAAUUUAACUCAUCCUUAUGGAACUUGUAUACAAGUGUAAAAAACGUAAAACCUUUCAAGAAAAAUAUUUUUCAAGUUAAAACUUAUAAAGCUCUGAAUAUUUUGUUGUAAAAGUUUGGCCUAAUGCUUAUCAAUAUCAUUGCUUAACUACUGUGACUGACUAAACAGCUGGCAAAGUAGCAUUGGUAAUAAUACAACACAUUUCUGAAAGUUAUGAGUAAUAGUACUAAAAACUACAGUAACUUUGUUUGUUUGUGAACUGUGAAGCCACUUAAUUUGAACUUUAAGUUUGUUGGUUUUAAUUGGUCAGUUUGGAGUGGAGUUAAUCACAUGCUAGUUUUCAGUUAGACAGCUAUUGCUAAGUCUAUAAAAUUUGUGUGAUAAAAUUUAGCUUAUGCUACUGCAGAGUCAUUAAGAUGCAUUGGUUUGUGGAAGACGGAAAUCGUAAUCAUCAGGGUGCUAUGAGGUAUUUGAAAAAUUUUGGAUUACCAACAGAAGUAGUUAAAUUAUACCAGUCAUUUUGGACAGGAGAAAAACACAAAAAGUUUGCUGAUAUUGAUGUAGAAGUUCCAUUGAAACUUGAUAAAAUGAGUGUUAUGACAACUGAACAAGAAGCUGGAAGCCCAGAAGUAUCACUUGUACAAAAGCCAAAAUUGAACUUUAACUCAAAGUGUGGUUUCAGGACUAACACAACUUUCUGUGGUGAAAAUAUAUUAAAAAAUCAUACAUAUAAUAUAAUGAAACCUCAUCUAGUGUCUUUUAAACCAUUUUUGAUUGGAGGAUUUGUUGGGAGUAAAAUUCAAAGCUCUCGUGAAGAAUACAAGGUUCCCUUUGAAAGUUUGUUGGAACAAUUCUUAUCAAUGAUGGUUAUAAUGGAUGCAAACAGAAGCUUUCAGAAAACCAGUUUUGCAAAUAACACUCAGGAAAUUAAAAGUCCUGGUUAUAUAGGAACAAUAUCUUCAAAAGAAAGACUUUUAGCUUCUCAUGGAAUUACUCCUCUUAGUAUUAGCAACCCUAGUGAAUUGAGAACUCUUGAUUUUUCCUAUGUAAAUGGUAUUAGUAACAAAAAGAAUAUUCAGACAAGAACAAUGAAUGGAAGAACUCUGGAUGAAAGCUCCACAAAAGUUUCACAAAUGGUCAAGAGACCAACAUAUGCUGCUGUAACAAAAAGUGAGAAACAACUAAAACCAACCUACGCCUCUGUCACUAAAAUUAAUGUUCCAAGUGUUGUUAAAAAUAGAUUUCUUUCUUCUACAAGUUAUCAAAGUCAUCCAGUUGAUAGCUGCUGUAAAGAAAGUAGUGAUAUAAUGGACCAUUCUGGAAAAAUGAGUAGGAAAAGAGAGAUGUGUGAAACAAAUGUGCCCUGGAAGGAAACAAAAAAACUUGAAAAUUUCAAAGGAAAAAGAUUGCUUGAUUUUGAAAAAAUUAAUUUCAAAAAAGAAGACACACAAAAAAUUAUUAAAACUAAUGGUUUUCUCAGCAAAAGUAAAGACAGUAGUAAUCACCUACUGGAUGUAGAAAGUAAUAAUUAUUUCACAGAACAUGACACUACCAGUUUUAAGUCAGAUGUUGAGAAUGUUGAAAAUUUUAGUAAUUUGUCUCUAAGUGGUAGCAGUGCUGAUACAAGAAUUGUAAAAAAUGAAAGUACACACAAGACUUGUGAUGUAGAAAGUGAAAGUGAUAAAAAAUCCAAAACUAUGUCUAUUAUAACAAAAAUGGGAACUGUAAAUGAUAUUAGUGACUGUUUUAAAACUGACAAGUCUUCUAGUCAAGAUUGUACAUUUUUGGACAAAGGUUUUGAUAGUCAGAUUCAGUGUAAACCAAUUGAUGAAGAUUAUAAAGUACCUACAGUAAAAUAUGUAAGUGCUAGCAAUAGUAAAAGUAAAUUUCCAGUGACGGUUUAUGAAAAUUCUACUCUUGCUUAUAUUCUUGGUGGGAAUGAAGAUGUGGAUAGUGAUACAGAUAGUUUUUCAAGUGAUUCUGAUGGUAGUUGGUAUGAAGACGAUUCUCUUGAAGAAGAUUUCUUUUGUCUAUCAGAAAUAUCUUUGGGUCUAAUGCAAAGUGAAGGGCUAUACCUAAAUAACUGUGCUGAUUCAAGUGCUUCAGUAUCCAGUAAUAAGGAAGGGUUGAUAGCACUUGCUCUGGAUAAUGCUUUGUGUAUUAAACAAGAAUUUAAGACACUAGAAGAACAGCAUCUUGAAAACAGAGAAAAAGAAAGGCUCAGACAGGUCAAUGAGCAGUGGAAAGAGGCAAUGACAAAAGUGCCUGAUAAACAAGUACAUAAACUCAAGUCUAAAAAGGUCCAUUUUGCUCCAGAGAAAAGACUCACUCGUGUUCAUGAACUAAAAGAUGUGGCAGAGUCCAGAAAAGGUCCAUGGGAAGAACUUGCAAGAGACAGAUGCCGUUUUCAAAAAGUGAUACAAGACUUUGAGAAUAUCAUCUCACCUGUCCUACUGCCUUGUCAUAGGGAAAAGAUGUAUGAUAGGUUUUAUAAAAAUCUGGAAAAUUGAGUUGUCUGUAAUUCACUGGGGAAUGAACAUGCAUGUAGAAAGUUAGAAGUGUAUAAUUUCUUUUCAGGCACAUUGUGCUGCUAUAUUAAGUGCAAAGUUUAACUUUUAAUCAGAACUGUAUAUUGCUUUAGAAGUAAGGCUUGGAAAGGUUAAGGAAAUGUUUUUGUAUUUAGUAGAUGAAUUCUUAAUCAUUUGUAUGUACUAAACUGACAACAGUAAAAAAAAUGGCAGCUCGGUUCAAAACAUUAUUAUGUAGACUACAUUAAUAAUGAGUAACACAUGUGAAAAGUCCAAUGUUAAGGUUUAAUUGUUCUAUAUUUUAUUUAUUUUCAAAAAGAUUUACAUGGAGAUAUUGUUCAAAGUGUUCCUGUUUAAAAAAAAUACUGUUAUGAGUAACAUAAAAUGUGUUUCAUAAUAAUUAAAUUUCAUUAAAAUGUAAGCAUUGUAUUAAAACAAAUGUACCUAUAGUAAAUGAAAAAUUUAUUGGUUUCUCUUUUAAGGGUUAACUUCACACUGUUAAGUUGGUGUACUCAUCAUGAAGUAUGAAAAUAAUGCAAUGUAGAGAUCAUUUUUAAACAUAUGACAUUAUUUCAUUUAUAAUUUUCGAUUAUUUUCAGAAAAUAGACCAUAGUAAGGUUUGUACAAACUAAAUUUGUUGAUGUAAAUAAUAUCUAAUGGCAUUCAGUAAUCUCUGGAUUACAUACAUUCAUAAUUUACAGAAUUGAGAAAUUAUCUAGCUGAAUAGUAAGUGAAAUGUGCAUUCUACCAAUGAUUGGAUACAUACCAUGGACAUUGUCUUGUGACAGUCUCGUGAAGUUGCUGCUGCUGGAGCAAUGUGAAAUACAUAAAGUACCUAAUAUGACUAAUAAAAGCUCAUCAAGCUUUUUUUAUAUCAGAAUUAGAAGUCUUAUUCUUAAUGACUUUUUAUUUUCUGCACUUCCAGUGGGUUUUAAACAUAUUUUUAAAGUUGUAGAGAUCAGUAAGCUUCAGAAUGCUAUCUCGCCCACAUACGUAUGUGCUUCUAGGUUGGGUUACAUAUCACUAGUUUAGAUAGAUAAUAGGGAAAAAUACCUAAUUACAAAAUAUAAGUUAUACUUCUCAAAUUAUAUAAAGGUAACAAUCCUAAAAUCUGAAAUUUUGAAGCAUAAGGAAACACAUACUAUCAUUUCAAACCAAAGUUAAAGCAAUAAGAUUGAUAAAUAGAUUACAAAAUUAUUUUGCACUGUAUAUUAUGUAAUGUAAGUAACUGAAGAAAAUUAAAAAUGUAACAGUGGGUGAUGUUAUGCAUUAUUAAAACAAAUUGCUUUAAUAAAAAUCUUCAUGCUUAUAGUAUAUGAUGGUUUUCUUCAGCUGUUUUACAUACUAUAAACAAACACAUGCACCAGAUUUUCAACAUAUAUUAGCUUUGACAUUGAAUAGAUUCAUCACUGGGAUAUACCCAUUCUAGAAGUGAAAGGAAGUUUUCAUGUUGCUUCUAAGCCACCUUUUAUGCUUAUUUAAGACUAUUACCAUUUGAGUAUCAGUUAAAACUGGAUAGAAUUUAUUAGUAACGUGAAUAUUUUAUAGGAGAAGUAUUUGUCGUGUCUUGUAAUAUCAACUCGAGUUUUGAAAAUCAAGAGAUUAAGCUUUUUCUAGAAAUCUCAUUCAAAGCACUUAACAUCUUCAAGGAAAGGUGGAAGAGGUCCAUUCAGGAUUAACACCAACCUAUUUUGCUUUUAUGUAAUGCUGUUUAUACAUUAUGGGUUCUGUCAGUAGAUACCAUCGUCAUUUUUUGGGCUAUCAGUGUUAACUUUUGUUUGAUAAGGAAAUGUGAUGUCUGUUGUUAAAAUUUGUUACAGAUGAAAUGUUACCAUUCACUGAAAGUAUUCCAAUUAUAGGAUUACUCCUUGUAUCUUAUGAUGUAUAAUAUUGCAAAAAUAGCUGUUUUUGUAAAUAAGUAAAUGUCAGAUAAUUCUCAAUUUGAAUUAUGAUUAUUUCUGAUAAACUUAAAAAAAUAAAAGUUGUAAAGAACUCAUCUCUCUUUUUUUUUUUUACACUUUCAUGCUGUUAUUUAUACUCUGGUAGUUAUUUAAUACAAAGAUUUGCAAAUAUAAAUUUUGGAAUGAAAGUAACAGAAUACCAGUCUGUGAAAAUUAAUAUAGAAGUUUCCUAGAUAAGAAUAUAGUGGAUUUUAUUAGACUGUUUUCUGGGAUUUUGUUUUCCUUUCUCUCACUUUAAAGGGACCAAACAUUUAUUGAUUGAUAUUUUACUGGAUCAGUCUAUUUGAUUGAACUUGAUAUGAAAAAGAUAAAAUCAAAUUUUUGCAACUGUGUAAUAGAAUAUAUGGAAUAGUGUUAAAUUACCAUGAACUGGUAAGUGUAAAAUAGGUGGUUUUAUUACUUUGAGAUUUUUUUCCCCCUGAUUGCGUAGUAAGAUAUAACAUUUUAGGAUGUUAAACAGGAAGGGAAAAACAGCUCUUGUAAGUUCAUUGUGGUAAGUGAUCUUAAUGUUUGCAAUAAACAUAAUUACAUCAAAUUACAAAUUAUUAUUUGGAGUACCUAUAAAUUGAGGCAGUUUGAGAGAGGGACUCAUAAUUAAAAGUUUCAAUGAAAUCUAUAUCCAGUG